AUGGCGGCGGGUGGGAGCGGCGGCCGCGCGUCGUGCCCGCCGGGGGGAGCGGGCGCGGGGGGCGGCCCGGGCCCCAGCGCCAACGCCGCCUCCGCCCCCGGCAACGCGGCCGCCGCCGCCUCGGGCCCCGCCGCCCCCGGGGCGCCCCCUCCGGGCGCGCAGGCCGCGGCGGGCGGGGAGCGGGCGGCCGAGGAGCCGGCGCUGCUGCGCGAGCCCGCGUACAACUGGCAGGCCACCAAGCCCACCGUGCAGGAGCGCUUCGCCUUCCUCUUCAACAACGAGGUGCUGUGCGACGUGCACUUCCUGGUGGGCAAGGGGCGCGGCGCGCAGCGCAUCCCGGCGCACAGGUUCGUGCUGGCCGUGGGCAGCGCUGUCUUUGAUGCCAUGUUCAAUGGGGGCAUGGCCACUACGUCCACUGAGAUUGAACUUCCCGACGUGGAGCCGGCUGCCUUCCUGGCGCUACUCAAGUUCCUCUACUCGGACGAGGUUCAGAUUGGGCCCGAGACGGUCAUGACCACGCUGUACACCGCCAAGAAGUACGCGGUGCCUGCGCUGGAGGCCCACUGCGUGGAGUUCCUGAAGAAGAACCUCCGGGCAGACAACGCCUUCAUGCUGCUGACGCAGGCCCGGCUGUUCGACGAACCACAGCUUGCCAGCCUGUGCCUGGAGAACAUCGACAAGAACACGGCUGACGCCAUCACCGCAGAGGGCUUCACGGACAUUGACCUGGACACCCUGGUGGCCGUCCUAGAGCGGGACACGCUGGGCAUCCGUGAGGUGCGCCUGUUCAGCGCUGUUGUCCGCUGGUCUGAGGCCGAGUGUCAGCGUCAGCAGCUACAGGUGACACCGGAGAACAAGCGGAAGGUCCUGGGCAAGGCGCUGACCCUCAUCCGCUUCCCACUGAUGACCAUCGAGGAGUUUGCCGCAGGGCCUGCACAGUCAGGCAUCCUUGUGGACCGCGAGGUGGUCAGCCUCUUCCUGCACUUCACCGUUAACCCCAAACCCCGUGUGGACUUCAUCGACCGGCCACGCUGCUGCCUCCGUGGGAAGGAGUGCAGCAUCAACCGCUUCCAGCAGGUGGAGAGCCGCUGGGGCUACAGUGGCACCAGUGACCGCAUCAGGUUCUCGGUCAACAAGCGCAUCUUUGUGGUUGGCUUUGGACUAUAUGGCUCCAUCCACGGGCCCACAGAUUAUCAAGUGAACAUCCAGAUCAUCCACACUGACAGCAACACGGUGCUGGGCCAGAACGACACAGGCUUCAGCUGCGACGGCUCCGCCAGCACCUUCCGAGUCAUGUUCAAGGAGCCAGUGGAGGUGCUGCCCAACGUCAACUACACAGCCUGUGCCACGCUCAAGGGCCCGGACUCCCACUACGGCACCAAAGGCCUGCGCAAGGUGACCCACGAGUCGCCAACAACGGGGGCCAAGACCUGCUUCACCUUCUGCUACGCGGCCGGGAACAACAACGGCACCUCCGUGGAGGACGGCCAGAUCCCCGAGGUGAUCUUCUACACCUAG